CAGCCUCGGACUUUCCCUCCGCCACAAAAUAACUGAUUUCCUCUUCGCCUGAGCCACUUUCGGCUGUUCCUUGUCUCUAUUCUGCAGUUCCUUUAGCUUAUACCUGCUUUCACCCAGCCAUGCUUUUAGUAAAGAGGCUGUAUGUCUUUCUUUUACACAGUGCGGUUGUUACCUUCGCCUCUGCAGACAAGAUGACAGCAGCCACGGUGUACUGGGACUCUCAAUACAAGAUGGUCCUGCUCAAGGAGGGGGUGCUGGAGACGGAGGGGGAUGCAUACGGGUACCUGAAUAAUACCCUGUCCAGUACAGGCUGGAGUAUCCUAGAGAUCCGUGCCGGGUAUGGAAGGACCCCUGAGACUGAUGAGCUCACCUUCUACCUGGCUGGCUACCUCGAAGGCUUCCUCACUGCCCAGCAGAUGAUGGACCACUACACCAACAUGUAUCCGCAGUUGAUCCACGACCCAAAGAUCCUUGGCCCAGUGCAGACUUUCAUGACGAAGCAGGAUUCAUGGGUCAGAGAGCAGGUGAAACUGAACAAGAGCUCUGAUCCUCUGUGGAAACAUGCAGGAUUCAUCAUGGCCCAGAUGGACGGACUACAAGCAGGAGUAAGAGACUGGGCCAAGAAACAAGGGAAGAAGCCGCUGUCCCUGUUUGCCAUCCAGUUCCUGAAUGCAUUGGGAGACCUACUGGAUCUGAUCCCAGCCUUGGUCCCCAGCUCUAACCCUUCACUCAGAGACUUCAAACUUCCAGGGAUGGGACACUGCUCUGCACUCAUCAAGAUGCUGCCCGGCUUUGAGAACCUCCUGUUUGCACACUCCAGCUGGUACACGUACGCUGCCACAAUGCGGAUAUAUAAACACUGGGACUUCCGCAUCACUGAGCCCCACACGGCCACUGGGAAACUGUCCUUCAGCAGCUAUCCUGGUUUCCUGGUGUCUCUGGAUGACUUCUACCUCUUGGGCAGUGGUCUGAUGAUGACCCAAACGACCAACAAUGUCUUCAACUCCUCCCUUUUUGACACACUCACCCCCAACAGCCUGCUGGCGUGGCAGAGGGUCAGGCUGGCUAACAGUCUGGCACAUACCGGAGAAGAGUGGGCCAAAACCUUCUCCAUGUACAAUUCUGGCACCUACAACAACCAGUACAUGGUUUUGGACAAGAGCAAAGUGAAGCUGGGCCACAGUGUUGAUGAUGGUGCUCUGACUGUGGUGGAGCAGAUCCCCGGGCUGGUGGAGUACUCUGACCAGACACAGGCUCUACGCAGAGGGUACUGGCCAUCCUACAACAUUCCUUUCCACCAGAAGAUCUAUGUGCUGAGUGGUUACGGAGAAAUGUGGAAGGAUUAUGGAGAGGACUUCUCCUAUGAUCUCUGUCCCAGAGCCAAGAUCUUUCGCCGUGACCAAGCCGAUGUCAAAGAUCUGGACUCAUUGAAGCAUAUCAUGAGGUUCAAUGAUUACAAGAAGGAUCCAUACUCCAAAGGUGACCCCUGCAAGUCCAUCUGCUGCCGUAACGACCUGAGGUCAGAGAGGCCUUCACCAGGAGGUUGCUAUGACACUAAGGUGACAGAUUUCAAAAUGGCUGGGGACUUCCUUGCGGAAGCGGUGAAUGGGCCAACCACACAGGACGGACUCCCACCAUUCUUCUGGGAUAAAUUUAGCAGCAUCAGUCACCAAGGUUUGCCACGCUACUACAACUUCACCUUCAUCAAGAUGCAGCCUCUUCUCUUCAAGCCAUGAGUUGUGUCUGUGUGUGUGGGUGCAUGAGAUAGAGAGAGAUGCUUUCCGUCUAGUAAUGAAUGUCCGGGGUAAAAGGUACAAUCUGUCUUUGUUUGUUCUAAUAUCUGUUUACACGAUGAUGAUUUUAUUUUAGCUGUUCCUUAAAGAUCAGAAUUGAGUCCCACCAACGUGCUUUAUUUUUAAAUUUAUACGUUACUGUACUUCCUUCCACUUGAUAAAAAGCUACAUUUGGCUUGCAAUUUGUCAAACUGCCAAUCAGAUUUUAAAUCUGUAUUUUAACACACAUUUUACUCAGGGUUUGAUGAAUGGGUUACUUUGGAAAAUAGUAGAAAUCAGUAGUGUUUUUUUAUGCCUGCAGCCAUUUGUGCCUUGAACACUUAGAAUAGCUUUGUAAUUUUUUUAAAUGCACAAUCAAUGUAUUAAAUCAGUGGCUGUGCUGUCUUUAAUUCUUUUUGAGUUCUUUUAAGAUUUCUGAAAAUGCUUGAAUGUGUCCAUAUAUCAAAACACUUACCAUUUUAAUGGUAAAUGAAACAAUCACAGCAAUGCCAUAAUCAGGUCAGUUGAUUUUCUCUGGUGAUGUGAUUUAUGAGCAUCUAUUUGUGUACUGUGCAAAAUGAAAAUAUCUCAGGUUUGUAUUUUUUUUACAAGCCUGUGUUACUUUGUGUAAUGCUGCAAAAUUUUUUUAUCAUGCUAUCAUUUCAUGUGUUACUGACCUGUCUUAAAUCUGUUCUUAGGCAACAGUGACUAUUAACCAUCAAGGUUUAGAAAUUUUCACUGUGCCAACUGAUCUGUGUUCUGUGUUGGAGAGAAUCAAGUCUCUCCACAUGACCCAGCUUGUUUGCUUUGCAUUCAGGCAAUAAUUAUAGUUAUUUCCCACUUUUAAAGUUUCAUUACUAACUUCAUUGUGGAACCUUUGGUAAAGCUUGCUGCUGUCAAUAUCAAAAAGCUCUGGAGAAAUUCUUGUCAGCAAAUGUUAGAGCUGCCUUAUCAGAUGAGGUAUUGUGACAAAUAUUAGCAUGCAAUUCAUGAAAACUUGGCUGUGAUGCAUCACAUGUAAGACAGCGGAUCUGAUGUUUUAGAAGCCUGUGGUUUCAUUAGUGAAUUAGAGACAAACAGGAACUAAAUCUGAUUAGCAGUCAUGAUGUUAAUCUGUAAAAUAACUAUUAAACCAUUGUAGUGGCUUCAAUAUUGUUUCUGUCUAAAUUUGGGCAUUCAGCCACUCUCACACUCAACAAUUAACCAUGUAGACAAACAGUUCAUCAGCCACAGAUUUACAGAUUACUGUCAAGAUUCUUUCCUGAGUCCUGUUUAUUUUGCCUGUUUAAUCCCUCACUUCCCCACUUCCCCAGGCCCCCGCAUUUCUGCGGAACUUUCCAGUUCUUGCUAUUCUCCACCUGGCCACCAGAUGCCCUCAGACUUCCCUACCAGUCCCAAUAACAUGCAUUACCCACCUCAACUGUUCAUCAUUUCCCAAUCCUACCCUCAGUUUUUAAACCAGCCAUUUGCUACCAGAUUGUUGUGUUGUCGAUGUUGCAGUAGGCCUUGCAUCCAGCCUCCGUCACCUAUAUCUAAACCGGAACCCUUGUUAGCCUGUUGGUUCUAUUCUACAUCUUUACAAUUAUGUAAAUUUAUUACGUAUGCUUGUAAGUUUUUGUAUUAUUCUCAUUAAA